UAUCAUCCAUACCCUUUUUUUCUAGCUCGAACCAAGCAGUGAAGAGCGAAAAGCAGGACCUCAUAGAUAGAUUUGCACACACUCGCGCAGACACUCACAUCAAGUGUUGAGAAGAAACAGACAACAUUGACAGGACGCAACCAGGCAGUAUUACUUCUCGGAUAACAUCCCGUACCUCAUAGCAAAUGAUGGACGUCCCUCUCUUCCUCUUCGGCCUGACAUCCGGCGUUGCCAUCGUCUCCACCGUCCAAUACCUCGUCCACACCGCCAAAAAGCUGCGAACCCGCAACGCCGUCGCACCCCACAAGAUCGAAGAAUCCAGCGAUGCCCUCGUCUCCUCCCCGACCACCACCUCAUCGCCCACCCCCGUGACACCGCCGGGCUCCGACUUUGACAUGGGCACCUUCACCGCGCGCGCUAUGUACGGCGAGCCCGCCUCCCGCAAACCAUCCUACAGCGUCCCCUCCUUCGUCGCCGGCGACGGCACGCUGCCCCGUCUCGAGCGCGAACUCACCGUCUCCUCGCAGAAACUCCACCGGAUGGUCCGCCACCUCGUCAACGAGAUGCGUAAAGGUCUCGAAGCGGAUGGCCACACGCUCAAGAUGAUCCCCUCCUACGUCGUCGCCCGACCCAAGGGCAACGAGGUCGGCUCAUACUUGGCCUUGGACUUUGGCGGGUCGAACUUCCGCGUGUGCAUGGUAGAGUUGAGGGGUAAUGGGCAGACGAGGGUGAGGCAGAGCAAACAUGUUAUUCCGGAUCAUUUGAAGAAAGGGACGGGUGGGGCGUUGUUUGAUUUCUUCGCGGAGUGUAUUGGAAAAUUUUUGGAGGAUAUUGGGGAGGAUCCCAAGGCGCCGAGAAGCAUUGGCUUUACAUUCAGCUUCCCCGUCCAACAAGAAGCCAUCAACCACGGCGCCCUCAUGCACUGGAACAAGGGUUUCGAAGCCACCGGCGUCGUCAACCAGGACGUCGUGGCCCUCCUCAACACGUCCCUCCAAAAAGCCGACUACAACCUCACCGUCACCGCCCUCGUCAACGACACCGUCGGCACCCUCGUCGCGCACGCCUACCAGGACCCGCAGACCUACAUCGGCGUCAUCCUCGGCACGGGCACCAACGCGGCCUACGUCGAGCGGAUCGCGGAUAUCCCCAAAUGGAACCGAUCGGGGCACGGCGCGGUUGAAGCGGGGGGUGAGAUGGUGAUCAACACCGAGUGGGGCGCGUACGACGAAGCCUCGGUGCUCCCCCUGACAUCGUGGGACCACCAACUGGACCGCGGGUCCGAGAACCCGCGCAAGCAGACGUUCGAAAAGAUGAUCUCGGGGAUGUAUCUCGGCGAAAUCGUGCGGUAUAUCCUCAUCGACCUCAUCUCCACCGGCGAGCUCUUCAAAGGCGUAUCCUCCAAGCCCCUGCAGACGCCCUACCUCUUUGAAACGGCGUACAUGUCGCGGAUCGAGCGGGACCACUCGCUCGAGCUGUCGGAUACGAAGACGGUGUUGGAGGACCUGAUGCAGGUGCCGGUGACGACUGCGCAGGACCGCAGGACGGUGAAGCAUGUGUGUGAGUUGGUGGGGAUUCGGGCGGCUAGGUUGAGUGCGGCGGGUGUGGCGGCGAUUAUUACAAAGAUGAAGCGGUUUGAUGCGUGUACGGUUGCGAUUGAUGGGAGUGUAUUUGAGCACUACCCGCACUUCGCCAACCGCAUGCGCGACGCCCUGCGCGAGCUGCUCGGCAUCAUGGCCGAGAACAUCGUCUUGGAACAAGUUCGUUGCACAUCACGCCUACGUCACACCGUCGGAUGACACCAAACUGACUUCCUCUUCUCCAAUACUUGUUCUCGCAGGCAAAGGAAGGCAGCGGAAUCGGCGCCUCGUUGAUUGCCGCUCUCCACGCGCACUGAGUUCUCAGCUUUUGCGCCAUAUGACUUUCGAUACCCAUCCCUCUGUGCAUAUUUCGUCGCAAGUUCCCCCCAGUUGGUUCAGAUAGAAGUGUUACUUUCGGCGUAGACUCGCCGGCGUUCUUCUUCCAGU